AAGACACGCCCACAUACCUGCAAGAACAAGGAAAUGACUGAUUGUUACUCUGGAUCCAGACGAAACCAAAAAUAGCCAGCAAACUUUCGUCCCAGUUGAAACCCUCAUCGUCCUCUGCAGCCUUCACGUCCACCUCUAACUUUUCGGAUUUACCUGCUCUGGUCACAUAGAAACAGGUAACAGAGGAGAGUCUCACCUGGGACCAGCCUGGUUUUGACCAGACCAGCACUGAACUGCUCAAGUACAACCGCAAGUUCCGCUGGUCCAGAGAAGCUCAGUACUUGUACCUUCGCCGCCUCUCUUCACGCAGCUACUCGGCUAUUAUGAUGAACCCGGUCAUGGAGGAGACCGUGUGGGAGCAGUACACCGUGACCCUGCAGAGGGAUCCGAAGAUGGGCUUUGGCAUCGCAGUGUCAGGGGGGCGAGACAACCCGAACGAGGAAAGUGGCGAGACGUCCAUUGUGGUGUCCGACGUCCUGCAGGGAGGACCUGGUGAUGGCUUGUUGUUUGAGAAAGACCGAGUGAUACAGGUGAAUGCCAUCCCCAUGGAGGGGGCCCUCCACACCUUCGCUGUCAAUACCCUCAGGAAGUGUGGCAAAGUAGCAAAAAUUACAGUCAAGAGGCCCAGGAAGGUUCCAGUCAAUGUGAUGAACCGUCCCCCGUCCCCUGAUGACAGAGUCUUCAACAACGACUACAAUGACGAUUACAACUAUGAGCAGGACCGCCGCAGUGUGUACAGCGCCCGGAGCGCAGGCGGGCAUGACCACAGCCUGGAGAGGGAGCGAGGCGGGGGAGCCUACAUGGAUUCUGGCUACCAUACACGUGAGCGUGAGUACGACAGAGAUUAUGACCGGCGGGAACACGGCAGGAGCGCGGAGAGAGACCUGAGCCCGGACCGGCAGUACAGGAGAGAUGGCAGCAGAGGUCGCACUUUGGACAGAGAACGCAGCCCGGAACGCCCGUACAGGGGUGACCCCGUCCCCGAACGCAACCACAGCCCGGAUAGAAGGUACCGCAGCGAGCGUGCAUUAGACAGAGAUCACAGUCCCGAUCGGCGCUACCGCAGCGAGCGAGCCCUCGACCGGGACCACAGCCCGGACAGACGCUACCGCAGCGAGCGAACGCUGGACCGUACCAACAGCCCAGACCUUCGCCACGGACGUGACAGCCCGUCACGAGGCCGCGGGGGUGACCACAGCUUCGAGCGAGGACGUGAACGCAUCCCCAGUGAGCCGAGGAAGUACGAGGAGCCGAUGAAGCGGAGCGGGAGCAGAGAUCGUCUGGAGCGUUCGCCGUCACCUGCUGCCAUGCCCAUCCCUCUGCCCCGCCCCGCCCGGGACCUGGAUCCACUGGAGAAACCCAUGAAUGUGCUGCUGCUGAAGAACCGGCCCAACGAAGAGUAUGGCCUUCGACUUGGCAGUCAGCUCUUCAUCAAAGAGAUGACCAGCACAGGACUCGCCAACAGAGAUGGGAACUUGCAGGAAGGGGACAUCAUAUUAAAGAUUAACGGCACGGUGACAGAAAACCUGUCUCUCAGCGACGCAGGGAAGCUGAUCGAGAAGUCCCGCGGGAAGCUGCAGCUGGUGGUGCAGAGAGACAAACAGCAGGUGCUGAUCCGAGUCCCCCCGAUGGUCGACAGCGACUCGGAGCUCGAUGAUAUCUCCGAGAUCGAGUCGUACCGCUCCUACUCCCCGCAGGAUGACAGGCGGGGCCACCACUCCGACCUCUCCUCCCACUCCUCCAAUGAGAGGCUUAGAGACAAGCCCAGAGAGGACCCACCCAACAGAAUGGCAAAAAUGGGUGCCAUGCCAACACCAUUCAGACUUCCCGACAGAGCUGUAGAAGACACUCCCCCUUUGCCGGCAGAGAGGGAGGAGCCACGGCCAGAAACACAGCCAGUCACUGUAGCCCCGAGGGUUCACGCUCCUCCUAAGGUGCCACUAAAGCCAAACGUAGAGGACGAGGACGUAUAUGGGCCGAACACGGUGAUGGUGCGUUUCCAGAAAGGCGACAGCGUGGGUCUGAGGCUGGCCGGGGGAAAUGAUGUCGGCAUCUUCAUCGCCGGCGUUCAGGAGGACAGCGCCGCUGAGAAGGAGGGUCUCCGCACAGGAGAUCAGAUCGUGAAGGUGAACAACAUGGACUUCAGAGGCAUGGUGCGUGAGGAUGCUGUCCUUUACCUCCUGGAGGUUCCCAAAGGAGAAGAUGUUACCAUUCUGGCUCAAAGCAAACCUGAAGUGUACAAGGACAUUUUGGCGUCUGGCAGAGGCGACUCUUUCUUCAUCAGGACCCACUUUGAGUACGAGAAGGAGGCUCCUCAGAGCCUUCCUUUCACCAGAGGAGAGAUCUUCAAAGUGACGGACACACUUUAUGAUGGCAAACUGGGCAACUGGCUGGCAAUCCGCUCUGACAAAGACAACCAGCUGAGGGAGAAAGGAAUCAUCCCUGCCAAGAGCAGAGCAGAGCAAAUGUCCAACGUCCAGAAUGCUGCUCGGGCAGCAUCCGGCAACGACAGAGGAGACUUCUGGAGGCUGAGAGGUCAAAGGGCGGCGAAGAAGAAAGACUUACGCAAGAGCCGAGAGGACCUGAGCGCAGCUCCAGUCACCACAAAAUUCCCCGCAUACGAGAGAGUGGUCUUACGUGAAGCUGGUUUCAGGAGGCCUGUGGUGAUAUUUGGGCCCAUUUCCGACGCAGUGAAUGAAAAACUGGGCAACGACAUGCCGGACGAUUUUGUCGUCGCCAAAACGGAGCCUAAGGACGCAGGAAGUGAGAAAUCCUCCGGAGUGGUGAGGCUAAAUACCAUCAGACAAAUCAUUGAACAGGACCUCCACGCUCUGCUGGAUGUGACUCCCAAAGCUGUGGACACCUUGAACUACACCCAGUGGUAUCCCAUCGUCGUCUUCCUGAACCCGGACAGCAAGCAAGGCGUCAAAACCAUGAGGAACCGCCUCGUACCCGGAUCCACCCGCAGCGCACGCAAACUGUACGAGCAGUCCGUCAAGCUGAGGAAGACAUGCUCACACCUUUUCACUGACACUAUCGACCUGAACUCGGCCAAUGACGCAUGGUACGGCAGCGUGAAGGAUUCAAUUCGGGAGCAGCAGGACAGAGCUGUGUGGGUGUGCGAGGGCAAGCUGGACGGUUCAGAGGAGGACCUGGAUCUCCACGACGACCGCAUGUCCUACCUGUCGGCGAUGAGCGCAGACUACCUGAGCAUGGACAGCCGCCUGACCAGCGACUACGAAGACACAGCGGACGAGGGCGGGGCUUACACCGACAACGAGCUGGACGAGACAUUGGACGAGCCCCAGCCGGUGUCGGCCAUCAGUCGGUCAUCGGAGCCCGUUCUGCCAGACGAGAAGCCUCAUCCUGAACCCCGGGCUCGUAUGAGGAGGUCGGGGAGCAGAGAGGUGCUCAACAGAGAUCCCAGCCCUCCCCCUCCUUUUGUCCCCGAACCCCCCAAGGUGCGGGCUCAGACUCGGACUGACUCAACGCGGAGCUAUGACUCACACUCCAGCAGCACCAUCAGCAGCAGCGAUGCAGCGGGCGUAAACAAGCCGCUCCCCCCUCCCGUGGCCCUGAAGCCCACCAUCCCCCGUCUGAGCCAUUCAGAGGAGCCGAGCCCGGGGGAGGACCCCGCCAGCAAAUCCUUCCUGGGCAAGAUUAAAGCUUUUGAGAAGAUGGACCACCUGGCACGAGCUCAGAGGAUCCUGGAGCUGCAAGAGGCAGAAAACGCUCGGCUGGAAAUCGCCCAGAAGCAUCCAGACAUCUACGCCGUCCCAGUGAAACUGCCAAAACCCAACCUCAACCGUCCUCAGCCAAUAGGUUCAAGCUCCAAUCCCGAUCAGGCCCUCAGACCGCCGUACUCCGAGUCCAGAGGAUACGAGGACGAUGAGGCGGAGUACCGCAGACAGCUGGCCGACCAGAACAAGAGAGGAUACUACAAUCCUCAGAGGUACAACGACACUGAGCUGUAGGCUGAGAAACCACGAAGUGACAUCAUCAUCACUGCACAGGGCUGGAUUCCUCCCACGUCAUCACUACAAGCAGACAGCGUUUGUUGCCUUGGUAACAGCUCAUGCAGCUUUACCUUGAUGUAAACUCUCUGAACUUUUUGUUUGUAGACAGAUUUCUGGAAAGAUGUCAACUUCAACACUAAUUCCAGUCACUUUUCAAUACACACACAAUAUGCUUACAAAGUUUACUGAUGUACCUUUUACACAGACAUGAUGUUUCAGUGUAUAUAUUCUUUUGAUGUGUCUGAAGAGGUUUUAUUUGCCCCCAUUUACACUAACGUCGCAUUCACACCAAGAGCCAAGUGAAUUUUCGCCUCGCUUUACUUGCGCGAGUUGGACCGCCGUUGUCAUUUGUGAUCAUUCAUGCUAGAUGCGCCGCAGUAGGAAAAGGAGCUUGUCUCAAUAGAUACCAACUUUUCUUUCCACAAUUUCCAACAUCAACCAUGGAAGAAAUAACCGCUGUUGCUGCUUUGUACAUGUUGUGGAAGAUAGAUCUGGGAUAUUUUGUCCCACAUGUCAGAAACCAAACGCCGAAGAAGAAAACGCUGUUGUGUCUGGGGAUCAUAACAUCACCCGUAAAUAUAUACGACAGCAACGUUGUUGUUAAAACCGGUCUGUGGUUUAUACACAUACGUUUAUACACAGUGUCGUCCCGUCUCUGUACAGAUACGAUGUACCAUCGUAGCUAACAAUAUUUCUUUCCUCCAUUUCUGAUUCAACAACGUCAGUGACGACAGGAGGAAGAUAUCAACGCUGAUGGGCUUUCACAAUACAGCGUCAUGCCAAUUUUUUUUACUCGAGUUGAUUUCAACUUCGAGUCACCCGGCACGAGUUUGCGUCCAUCCACCUCUUUGCAUUGACUUUGUGUGUAAUCGCGCCGCGCAAAAAGUUCACUUCACGCUUGGUGUGAAUGUACAACUAGCCCCAGUUUGUUUCUCAUGCAUCACCAUUACAUUUGAGUCACAGAGCUGAGCAAGAUAAAUACCCAAGGAUUUUUGAAAAGCCUAUAAGGUUGUUAAACUACACUUAAUUUGUAAUUUUGGAGGUACUAGUGCAGUGCCCGUUUAAGGCGUGGCUGGCCAAGUGUGAAGUUGAUUGGAUGAACUUUUCCCGAGAUGUGCGAAAGACACACAGACAGAGAAUCCUUGCUUUAUAGUUAGAUUUCCAGAAUCCACAAAGACUCUUCUAACCAUCUACAAGAAAACAUAUAUUUGUCGUCUGCACUAUGGCCAGCUAUCAUCGUUAGGUGUUGUUGGAUGACCUUUUGGGCUUUUCAAAGAUCGCCACGUGUAUAUUUUUCAGAAAAAACAGACGCCUACCUGUGUUACUGGAACGAUAUGGCAAAACAGGAGGCUGAAACUGGAGCUAACACCAUGCUGCAACCAAACCAUAGACAUGGUACUGUAGACUGUACAGUAUCUAGACCGUUUUACAUCCUAUUAGCCAGCAGUUUUGUGCUUCUUUUUGUUUGUACCCCACCAUGUUCUUACCCUCCACACAGUUAAAUAGCUUGAACGCUCAAACAAUGUAAACUGUGUCAGUAGGGUUUCACUCUCUGACAGCAGCUGCUCUGAUGUCAAAUAGGUGUUUGUCUUCCUCUUCUUAUUCCUCUCCUGCCUCUACAUUCCUGAGUGGAUAUUUGUGUGUGUGUGUGUGUGUGUGUAUACUGUAUAUACAGUGUGUGCAUUCUGGGAAGCGGCAUAUUAUCAAGUGCCUUGUAGCUCUGAUUUUAGCUCGGAGAACAACACUAUCCACAGGGCUCUUAAACGGGCUUAACAACUGUGAAAACAUUUGAUAUUUUCAGUACGUCUUUGUGUAUUAUAUGUGUCAACAGUGUGUCAACACUGACAAAAUACAAGUUGUAGAUUUAGUGAAACUGUCUUCCUACUGUUUUAUUUUUCCUUUAUUGGCCAUUUGGUACAGACGCACAUUGUCUUCACCAAAGACAAAUUCUGGAGAUGCUAAGUUGUAACUAUGAGAUACAGAAUGAUCUCAUAAAUACAACAUCUGUAUCUCCGUCAUGUUUUGGUGAAUGAAGUCAGCUGGAACAGACGGAGCAGGUAAAUGAUGUCAAAAUGCACGGCAUGUUCACAUGAUGGUGUGAAGAAUUGGAUUUAAGGGGUGCAGCACAACAUAACACUGAUGUCUUUCUUAGCUGCUUGCCACCAGAGACAAUCACAUUGUUAUUGCAUAUAUAUGUUUUUAUAUUGAAAAUACAGUAAACUCGGUCAAGUCUUUGUAAACGGGAGCAUUUGGUGACGACAAUCAUGUGGGUUAAUGUCUGUUAGUUUGUGAUUUUUCUCUUUUUUUUUUUUUUUAGUUUGUGAUCUCCGUAGUGUUUCAGAACAGACUCUUGGUAAAUUCAAAUAAAUCUCUUUUUUUACAUUUUUUCUAAUCUGU